AUUCGCCUCACAGGCUCGGGAUCCGGGCGUUCCGCGCGAUGGGCGGCGGCGGCGGCGCUAAGUAAAGCGCAUGUGCUCGUGUGCGGCGUGAACGGUACUACUAUUGAGUUCUGCAAGAAUAUUGUUCUAGCAGGAGUUGGCAGUUUAUCCUUGAUGGACGAUCACAUAGUCACAGAGGAUGAUCUCAAUUCAAACUUCCUAAUUCCUCAUGAUGAGAGUGUGUAUGGUGGUAAAUCACGGGCAGAGGUUUGCUGCGAGUCCUUGAAAGAUUUCAAUCCAAUGGUCCGAGUUGCUGUUGCAAAAGGUGACCCAUCACUUAUUGAUGGAACAUUCAUUGACAGGUUCGACAUUAUUGUAGUCAGCCGCGCAUCUCUUAAGACAAAGUUGUUUAUUAAUGACAACUGCCGGAAAAGAAGCAAGCAUAUUGCCUUCUACUCUGUAGACUGCAAGGAUUCUUGCGGUGAAAUAUUUGUUGAUCUGCAGAACCAUAGCUAUCUUCAGAAGAAGCCUGGAGGAGAACCUGAACAGCAGGAGUUGAAAUAUCCUAGUCUGCAGGAAGCUAUUUCUGUGCCCUGGAAGGAUCUGUCCAAAAAAACAACUAAAUUGUACUAUGCCAUGAGAGUCUUAGAAAGUUAUGAAUCAUCUGAAGGGCGUGACCCCGGUGAGACAUCACUUUCUGAUCUACCUGCAGUUUUGGCUCUGAGGAAGGAUAUGUGUGAUAGAAUGUCUUUGGAUGAGUCUCGAAUUCCUACGUCUCUCCUGGAACGGCUUCUAGCAGCUGGGAAAAAGGAACAUCCUCCUGUAUGUGCAAUCCUUGGUGGCAUUCUUGGUCAGGAAGUGAUUAAGUCAAUAUCUUGUAAAGGCGAUCCGAUCAAGAAUUUCUUUUACUUCGACGACGCUGAUGGUAAAGGGGCCAUGGAGGACAUCCCCCCAACUCCUGAAGACUGAAUCACGUGAUACGUACUCCCUCCGUUCCAAAAUAGAUGACUCAACUUUAUUUUAGAACGGAGGGAGUAACUCUCAUCCGACAUGGCUCGCUGAUAAUUGUACCCAAUCAUUAGAACUGAACAUGUGAGAACUCUAGAUCGGUGGCUGAGGCUGGAAACUUAACUUAGCAUUUUAGCGUUUUUGUCACUGGUACUUAGGAGGUGUUUGGUUCGCCGAUUUGUAACGUCAUCUGUUUACGCUGGUAAGGGAUAACGUUGAAUCUUGUUUGGAUCAACCCGGCCGUAAUGAGAUAACGCGGUAUCAGGUCCCA